UCAGUUUACUAUCUUUGAGAUGUUGGACAAAUACUUUCCUCAUUUUUUUCUUUUAUGUCAAUUUAUCUUUGGUCUUGUGCUGAUUAGAUAUCGGCCACACAAAUUCUGUUACGUCUGAUUCCUGUACCGUGGAAAACUCUAUAAAAACAACAGCUCGCCAAAAAAAAUCCAUUCAAUUCUCAUCUGGCAAGGAGUGGUUUUAAGUCUGGAAAUCGAUGGACUUCAAGAAGGUUCCCAUUAGCCCACGAGCGCCCGCAGGGUUUCGAUUGUCAACGUUUGACGAAGCAACCAGACACUUCCUCAAGCUUACGGCACUGCAGAUCAUUGAUGACUUAGAUAUUUUACGUCUUUUGGAUGGCGUAUUCUGUAAUUGUAAAGAAAUUUCCAUUGAUGACAAUAGUUGGCCAGUGAUGAAUAUGCUGGUCUUUGCUAAAUCUCCUACAAUCAUAUCAAACGAUUCUAGUUUACUGAGAAGGGAACUAUACUCUGGAGUCAAUCUGAGAGUUGAGAGAAAAGUAAUUGCUCUGCGUUUGUCUUGCAUGUUGAAAGAUAUAGAGGUCGUCCAUUGGUUACUUCUGCAGUUGGAACCUAAGCCCCAGUUUAAGGAGUAUUUAAAGCAAAUUGUAGAAAAUGAGGGAAGAGCAUAUUUUUCGAAUUUCUUGAAAAUCUUGAAAAUUUUGCUUCGAAAUGUCCAGAUAAGAGAGACUAAAGUGAUCAAGUCCUUAGAUUAUGCUGUGAAAGAUGAUGAAGUAGUGCCGGAUAAUGCCCUAGCGAUUGCGGAAAUUUUGCUAGAUGAAUGCCGGGAAGCAAGAAGUUUGAAUGUAGCGGCUGUAGUUGAUUCACAAAUUCAAAGAUUGGCAAAUAUGACAGUGGAGGCGAAUAUUGCAGAGCCAAAACGCAUCGGGAUAUUGGCGAAACUGCUUUCAGAAUGUGGUGAUCGAUUGCAAAAUAACCAUGGGAUUAUUGAGUCAAACUUUUCUAAGCUUUUAAGGGAGGCCACUAGGAGAGGAUACGACCAACUAACAUAUGCUCUGUUGAGAUUGAAGGAUACUAAAUAUGAGUUAGAAAAAGAUGACCUGUUGUUGCAUUAUGCAGCGAAACGAGGGUUUGGGGACGAGAUAGUAAAUUUGUUGGGCGAAAACUGUAGAAAAUUAAUUUAUUCUAGGAACAAUGAAGGAAAAACUCCUCUGCAUGUAGCUGCGAUGUGGGACAACGGAAAGAUGGUAAAGAAGAUGAAGGAAAUAUUUCUGCCUUGUGAGGGUGCUCUCAAAGUAGGUGAUUUUUACGGGCAAACUCCGCUACAUUUGGCAGCUUCUAAUGGAGAUGAAAAAACUGUCCAAGUGUUUCUCGAUUGUGGAUCAGAUCCUUUCGAGCGAGACAUGCGUGGGAGAACUGCCCUACACCACGCUGUGACAAACAAAAAGAGCAAAGACACUCCAAAGAGGAUAGUGGAGGAAGACACUCCAAAGAGGAUAGUGGAGGCGCUAUUGGAUCAUUUAAAAUGCAACAAGAAAAAGGCUCUUCUCCUAUGGAUUUCGGCUACAGAUAUCGGCACUGCAGAUGAAGCAGAAGACAUAGAUCCACAAAUUAAAGAAUUUCUGGUAGAACAGAAAUCUGAAACUUAUAAGGAUGUAAAUGUUUUAAAAGAAGCAGCAGAGUCAAAAGACUUAAGAUUGACAUGGGAGUUUCUCAACCGAGGUGGCAACAUUUCAUCUAUUGUUGAAAACAAGAAGGCAUUCGACUUCACAACCAAGGCAAUCGAAAUGUUUUCCCAGCAUGCAACUGACAGCCGUACCUUAUCAGACACUCUAGGAAGAGAUAUGCUUGCAGAAUGCAUAUCCGCACAUUUUCUGAACCCAUAUAUUAAAUCUCCUAUCACAGUAUGCAUUUCUGGAGGAAGCGGCUCUGGUAAAAGCAGCCUGUUAUAUCAGAUAGAAGCCUGUCUGUUGAGAACUGCUUCUCAACUAGCCUUUCCAAACUUGUGGGACGGGGAAAUGUUUAAUGGUUCAAUAAAUAAAGAGCUCAGUAGUACAGGCAAAGAGAUGCUCCGCAAAAUUGAGAAUGGAGUUUACAAGUUGCUAGAAAAAGGCAACUCCAGAGACUUUAAAGAUAACAUUAUGCCCUUGUCCGCAAAGAAAAGGCUAGUAAGUCCAUGUUCUUUGAAAGGAAUAGUAUGUAAAUUCUCAACUAAAGACUCUUGGUAAUUGUUUAAUUAAUUGUUGGAAUAGUAUUUAGAUUUUUUUGGGGAGGACAGAGCCGAACAAUACACACAAAUUGCUACAGCAAUAAUUUCCCUAAUCCACUUGUUUAAGAAUCAUUACAUUUACCUCAAUAAAUAUGCUGGAAAGAAACAGGGGAGCAAAAAACAGAACAAAAAAAAACAGGGCAGAUAAAAGAAAACAGAUUUUAAAUCAACAAU